UCAGCUGAAUAUAACACUGUGAGUAAUGUGCAUCGUACAGGAGAGGAUACAAGACUGACAAACCAAGACUUUUACCGGGUACGACCCAGACCCUAUCAGCCUCGGCAGCUUGUCUAAGAUGCACGUGACCAGAGCUCCUAUCUCUAUUGCAUUCGCGCAUGCGCAGAAAAGUAGGCGCCGCUCAGUCCUAGCCAUCUCAAAGUCGUGAGCUGGACGAAAACAUUGAGAAACUUUACACAACAAGAAAAAAGAAGUUUCAGAGUACCCAGGCAAUGAAAUGGCUUUCAAAGUACCCAAGAUCCCAGUCUGUGUAGCCAUCGCCUAUUGUGGGGUAGCUCUGGUAUUUCAGCUCGUGACUGUAGCUGGAGCCGGGUGGCUGGUGAUCCCAGGUGGCUGUGAUGGUAAUAAAACGAGAUCGGUUGGUUUAUUUCCUAGGUACCAGAACGACCUACGUUUUCUAGUCGAGUACAGUGAAUACUCAGAAUGGUGGACAGUUUGUCAGGUGUUCUCCCUCUUGGGACUGCUGGCCAUCGUCGAAAGUCUGUGUAUUGGAAUUCUUCAUUGCUUCCUAGAAAACACAUCCGUGUUGUCUCCUCACGCCUUGGCUGCGUGCGCUGCAGCGGAAACGUUCUUGAUUAUAGAGCUUGUCGUGUUUGAUUCUAUGAUGAGGGACAUAAAUCAAAAUGUGUUCACCACUGGUUCCGGAUUUAUUUGCUCUGUUAUCGCAAGUGUUCUCAUCUUCGACGCCGCUGUGCAGUUUAUAGUAGGCCUGCGACAGUGAC